UGAUGCUCAACAAAGUUCCGUGACGUGUAUAGAGGACAGGCUCUCAAAACCAGCUCUUUGCUAUGCCUACUACGCUCGAAUUCCACGGUCGCAACCCCAUCACAUUCGAAUCUGCUGAAAAAGUAGAAGCGAACGUCAUCCGCCAGCUAGGUUACGGUCCUGCAGCAGCAGAGCUCCGGCAGGAACUUUGGAAGGAGAGAAGAGAGAUUGAAGCCAUUGCUAAACAUCACCUUGGAUUAGGAAGUGAGCUCAGCUACACUGUCCUCGAGCAGUCGACAUGGAUCCAAGGCGGCUUCAAUAUUUGCGUACCUAUUGAGGCAAAUCUUGGCAAGUUAUCGAAGAAACUUAUCUUUCGAUGCCCGAUGCCACAAGCUUGCCGAAAGCAUAUACCCGGCACGGUAGAUGAGAAGCUCAGCUGUGAGUUGGGAGCAUAUAUGUGGAUGCAGGAUAAGUGCCCUGAUAUCCGUAUCCUCACUUAUACGGCUUUGGCUUCUCGGACAGCCGACAUGUGA